AUGACUCUUGCCGAGUUCUUCAGUUGUUCUCUGCUAGCUUUUGGUCCACCAGUAGCAAUGUUUGCUAUGACCAUAGCCAGAAACCCCGUAAGAAUAAUAAUUAUGAUAGCAGCAGCGUUCUUUUGGCUGUUAUCAUUUUUACUCUCAUCUUUAGUUUGGUACAUAGUUGUACCUUUGCGAUCUUAUCUCGCAUUCGGGAUGGUAUUUGCCGUUGCGUUUCAGGAGUGCUUUCGCUACUUCAUUUACCUACUGCUCAGAAAGACAGAAGCAGGCCUAAAGGAAAUUUCCGACAAUCAUGAGAUUAGCAGUCAUAAGUUGGAAAUGGCCUAUGUGUCAGGUUUAGGCUUUGGUAUUAUGAGCGGAGCUUUCGCUUUGGUUAAUGUUUUGGCUGACUCGGUUGGUCCUGGUACUCUAGGACUACAAAGUGGGACAGAAUUCUUCUUUGUUACAAGUGCUGCUAUGACACUAUGCAUGAUACUACUCAAUACAUUUUGGAGUGUUAUCUUCUUUAAUGGAAUGGAUGAAAAGAAUUAUAAAAAGAUUCUUUGGGUUAUUGGUUCUCACUUUUUGGUCUCCAGUUUAAGUUUAUUGAACAGAAAUGAGUAUUACUUCCUAACAAUAUUGCCAGCUUACAUUGUUUUGUUAAUAACAGCCUUAACAGCUUUUAAGUGUGCGGGAGGCUAUAUUGGUGUUGUAGUCAAUACAUGUUUUACAAAAGCUCAAUAA